CCAGGGUGCUGGUGGGAAGACGUGCCCAGAGUGCCCCUGUUGCCAAAGAGACGCCCCCAAGACCGCGGAUCGCCGUUAUCCGUGGCCAUUGUGGCGAAGGCGGCCCGGCUGGCUGGCGGGCCCUCCGCCGACCCAGAGCGCCCCAUAUUGCCAAAGAGACACUCCCAAGACCGCGGAUCCCCGUUAUUCGUGGCCAUUUUGGCGAAGGCGGCCCGGCUGGCUGGCGGGCCCUCCGCCGACCCCCGCUGGCCCCGGGCCCUGCGCGGGGCACAUGCGGCGAUGGGCUUGCGUGGGCGCCGCGUGGGCCGCGGCGCUGCUGCCAGACGCCGUCGGCGAGCUGAGCCUGGCCACGCUCCGGCACUCCAACCUGGCAGGCCUCGGCCCGGACGUCGGCGCGCCGCACGAGAUCCGCUACGGCGACGCGGCGCGCUCCGCGGUGGGGAAGCAUCUCGACCUGGUGAUCGUCGCGAGGGAGGGCGACUACACGCCCUUCAACGCGAGCGAGAACACCAACGGCGGCCGCGGGAGCCAGGUCGGCAGCAUCAGCCACCGGUGCGGCAGGAGGUCAAGAUCCAGCCUGGUGUUCCGGCUCGUGGGCGCCAACGAGUCGGCCUCGGCGGCGCCAGAGGUCGCGGACGACUUCCUCGUGACGUUCUUCAUCGUGGACAAGAGGAUGCAGUUGCAGCUGCACGGGUUCGAUGACUUCUUCUUGAGCGACGGCUCCCAGCUGAAGUUCAGGCGCAUCAGCCGCGGGGGCGUCUGGGUCAACCCCGGAGGGUUCACCACCGAGCUGCUGCCCGCUGAUGCAUUUCACGAUCCCGGGAACUUGACGCGGGUGGAGCAGGACUUCGCCGUGACGCUCCUCUUCAGAAACACGUCAGAAUUCCGCGUGGAGGUUGCCGUCACCGGACCGCACAAGGGCAAGGGCGUCGACCUGGUCUUCGCGGGCGCCCCCCUGCAGCUCUUUUGCCCCGCCGGCUCGGGGCACCGCCCGGAGGCCCGGAACUCCACCGCCGAGCUCGCCACGAGGGUGCAGAGGGGCUGCUGCUCGUUCUGGAGCAGGGCGGACUCCUGGCCGCUCGGCGCCCGGCGGAGCUGCUGCCACGCGAGGCCGGGCACCUGCGAGCGGCUGGGUGCCGUGGGACCACCGCCGGCAGGCCGCAGCACCAGCACGGCCACGAGCCCGUGGAGCUCGAGCGCGGCCAGCCUGGCCAGCACGACCACGGCCAGCCCCGUGGCGGCGAGCCCGACCAGCUCCAGCGAGACGGCAGCGACGACUUCGACCGCAACGAAGCAGAUAACGACCUCUGCGGUAUCGAGCUCGACUUCUCCCGCGGUGGAGCUCCGCAGCAGCGAGCUCGACAUUCCGCUGCAGGCUUGCAUGGACAGGCUCAGGGAGUUGGAGGCGAGGUGGACGGCCGCCAAGAAGAUGUGGUCGGGCGACAAGGCGCACUGGUGCUGCAAGCACCACGGCGUCGGCUGCUCAUCGACCACCGUCGCCGUGAGCACACUUGCGAGCACCGCAGCGUCUACGAGCACAGCCACGGGCACCAUGGUCGACCACCACCACCUCGGCUCGGCCUCGAGCGGGUCGCCUGGUUGCCGAGUCGAGUGCGAGCGGGCAGGCAUCACGGCUACGUGCGGCGAUUGGGCCAGGUGGGCUGGGCAGCACCACCGUUCGGGGCGGGAGAACGUCAGCGCCUGCGCAGCAGCACACCCGCUGGUCGUCAAGCACUGCCCCGAGUGCGCGAGCUGCACGGCCGCGGACGCCUGCCGCGGUGCGGCGGAAACAACAACGACCGCCGCCACGACAGCCACCGUGACCUCGGCCGAGGCGGACGCCAGCGAAGGAACCGGUGCUUGCGCCGGAUGGCGGGCAGGGCGCCAGCAGCGAUGUUGCGAGCAGAGGAGCAUCGGCUGCCUGAGCCGCAAGGAGGUGCUGGACAGCUGCGCCCACGGCUUGCAGAGGGAGGCGAGCUUCAUGACGCCUGCGCGCAGGCAGUUCUGCUGCAGGCACCUCCCGAGUCCAGGCUGCCCUCGCGAGGCCAUGGACAUGGUCCUGCCCGUGUCGCUGGAGGAGUGCAGGCCCACGAACGACACGUCCUCGGCAGAUCGGUCGGAGGUUCUCGAGGACUGGUGCUGCCUCCACGAGAGCCUGCGGUGCGGCGCGGCGGACGCCGACGAAAGCAUCGGCCUGCCCUCGCGGCCGGGCAGCACCACGACUACGACCCGCACCGGCACCACCACGACCCGUACGGGCACGACCAGCACGGCGACCAGCAAGCGCGCGGUCGCAGUGCGGACGAGCUGGCCCUCUGCCUCCAGGGCGCGCACCGGCCCCGGCAAGGCGGCGGCGCUCUUCGACUGCGACAUCGGCCUCGAGGACUGGGCGAACAGGUGGUCUCUCAGCAAGCUGCGCUGGUGCUGCUCCCUCGGCGACGCGCUGGUGCACGCCCGGCUGAGCAGGGACAGCGCCUGCAUCGAGACCCUCCAGGAGUACGGCGGCGCGGGCUGGCCCGCCAGAGGCGAGCACCGCCCCGCUCAGAGCCUGCCGUGGCCGAGCAGAGUCGCAGGCGCCCUCUGCGUCGGCCUGGCCGUGCUCUUCGCGCCGCUGGCCCUGCGGCCGCCGCUCGCAGCCCGCCUCCGGGCGCCGCGCGCGGCGCUGGACGCCGCGGGCGGCGGCGGGCGGUGGCCCUGGAGGAGCGCCGAGGCGCACGCCUAUCUGGCGGUGCCCCACGCCGAGUGGCUGGAGGGCCCGACGGGAUGACGAUUCCGGUCCCGCCACCUGCACUGUGUAGGAUGUGGGCGUCCGUCGGCCACGCGCAGAGGGGCAUAGGGGGAGGGCUUCCCCUGCUUUUUAGAAGGCGUGGGCCUUGUCUGUAGAUGUGAGGCCGGCGCCUUCUAAGGAGCAGCAUCCUUGCAAGAAGCCUUCUCCCCCUCCCCCUACCCCCUUGUGCGCGCCGCCAAGUCCAGGGUGCACGGUCGGGAUCCUCGACCGCAUGCUCCAGGGGCCGCGGGCCGCAGGUCCCGAGCGCCUGGUGACCCGACGGGGCCAAGCAGACAAUGCACGAGAGUGAACUUUGCGCGGCGCAGGCGCGAAACUGCACCGCUCCCGCGCAUGUGUUCCGCUCCCGCCUCCGCCGCGGCGGGCGGCCCGGCAAAGGACCGCGCGGCGGACAACAGAAGCCCGCUCGUCCCCGUGCUGCUCCCGAGCCCCAGAUCUUGUUCCUUCCACCCCUUCCCUCCACUGUCCCACCUCCC